AUGGAACUUGAGGUCCUUGAACGAAAAAAGAAAAAGGUCCCUCUUCGGAACCGCGAGUCGGAACCGAUGAACCACAUCGGCCGAAGCCCUUCCCCAACCGCUCUCGUGACCAUCACUGGCACCGCCGCCACCUUACUGGCAGCCGCAAACCAUGAACGGAUUAAAAGUGCCAUCGUGAUCCCCCCCGCUCCUAGCCUGAGCCUCAAGGCCUCAACGCGGCGCGCCGUCUGA